AGACCUUUGUCUGGCACCAUGUCCUACAACUGCUACACAAGCAACUGUUCUUCCAGGCCAACUGGAGGACGCUGCACGGUCCCAAUUGCCCAAGUUACUGUUCCUACGACCAGAGAUGCUGACUGCCUGAGUGGUGUCUAUUUGCCCAGUUCCUUCCAAACUGGGUCUUGGCUCCUGGACCACUGUCAAGAGACCUGCUGUGAGCCCACUGUUUGCCAACCAACUUGUUACCAGCGAACUUCUUGUGUCUCCAGCCCUAGCCAGGUGACUUGCUCUCGUCAAACGACCUGUGUCUCUAAUCCCUGCUCGACUCCCUGCAGCCGGCCACUCACUUUUGUCUCCAGUGGUUGUAAGCCCCUGGGAGGCAUCUCUGGUGUCUGCCAACCUGUGGGUGGCAUCUCUACUAUGUGCCAACCAGUGGGAGGAGUCUCUACUGUGUGCCAACCAGCCUGCGGGGCAUCCAGGGUGUACCAGAGCUCCUGCGUGUCCACCUGCCGAAGAACUUGCUAAAUGUGUAGGAGCCAUGAGGGAAUCAAGACUCCAUGACCUGUCGGAUGUGUUUCCAGGAUCUUCCAGCAUGC